AAGAGUGAUCACGAGUUGCUAACGGGUAUUGUCGGGACCUUGAUCUCAGUUCAGCCCUGGCUUCUCUGUUUCGUUGCAAUCGUACAUGACACGUUCUUUGAUAAGAAUUUAAGGUAUUGAGAUAUUUGUUUUUUUAUUGAAUUCAAUAGUCGACAUAAUUGAUUAACCAAUAUUUCUGUUGACUCUAUUUCACUUCUCUUCCUUCGGCCUAUUCUUAUCCCAUUAUACACCGUAGACGUAUAAACUCUGCGUGUUCAGAGUUCGAGGCUAUCUUUCCUGCAAAAAGUUUAGAUUUAUGAGUCCAGGCAAUAGGUGAAUAAACCUGGAACAGAGAGUCAGCCUAUAAUAUAAGAACAAAUAAACAGUUCUCGUUAGGAAAACUGUGAGUUACAUUUAAUCAUUACACCACUAAUUAGUCUAUCCUAUACCUUCUUUUUCUUUUUUGAUACUUACUAAUCUUAUUUGUAGACUGUACUUGUCUUGAAUCAAGAUGGGUGGUAAGACUUCAAAAAAUUUACCACCGCCCCUCCUUAAUGAGACUUGCAAACAGUAUGUGUAUAGAUGUAGUCCUACUGGAGGAUUUUAUGUUGACCCCUGGGUAGAUAAUCUUGCAGGUUGGUGUGAACAUUUAGAACUAGACAAUCCUUUUCCACGUGAUGGAGCUAAUGAUUUAUAUUAUAUGAAUAUAGUUUAUCAAAUGUGUGUUCAGAAGAAAGAAGGUGACCCUAAAUGGGAUUAUACAUAUAUGACACCGGGUGGGGAAAAUUGGCUUAAGAUUGCCCCAGGUUGGUACUCUACACCUUCCCUCCCUAAGAACCACAAUCCUCGAAAAACUGGUGUUUUAAAACUAUUUAAACGACACAAUUCACAAUGCUCUACAACCUGUGAUCAAACUGUUAAUACUACCCCACCCCCUUACAUGGCUAUCUACCCUAAUUUGACACAUAAACCAGACACCAUGGAGGAUGACGAGAUUUGCAUUGCUGUAGCUUCUGCUCCUAUAGUACCCCAAGCUGCCCCUAUAGCACCAGUCCAAGCAGCCCCAUUGGUUCAACAACCAAUGCCUGUCCCUGCCCCACCCCGUAUGAUUGAAGCUGCAGCCUACCCAUUGCCGGCCUUCCCCCUAUCUGGCUUAGAUACAGUAGAUACUGAUAAAAUUGAGAUACCCCUAAUGCCCGAAUUAGAAAAAGAUAUGGGUAUAAUCACUCAAGCAGGUUAUGAAAUAGUUCAUAUCACUCCUGACCGUCUGAAGAUGACGGUAAGAAAAAAAGAACCUAAAAAAAGGGGGGAUCAACAUCCAGUUACAAAACAGUAUCCUUUUCUUACUGUUGGUGAACAACUCAUAAUGAAACCUUUAAGCCCCACAGAUUUACAAAAUAUACUUGCUAAUGCCCCUGAUCCCAGAAAGAAUCCCGGUGCUUGUCUUGUUUAUUUAAAAAGAAUGUGUCAAGGACAAUGUAUGCAUCAGUCUGAUAUAAAAUUGAUUAUUGAUGGGAUCUUGGGCUACGAUCUUGAAUCAGGAUGGGAUUGGACUAAGGUUCCCUCAAUCUCGGUACCUGUUAAUGUUAACGCCAUGAAUGCUGCUCAAUAUCCAUUAAAUACCCCAGCAGGCAUAGAUAUCAUGUGGCAGGAGGUAGAACAGGAAAUGAAACGCUUAUGGACCGAUCGACAGUCUAUGUCGAUCGCUCUGGGAUGUAAGCAAAAAUCGCAUGAAACAGCAAGUGACUUUGUCAAAAGAUUCUAUAAAGUAUGGAAAGAGGAAGCCGCCCUUUCCUCUGAGGGAAACAUGUCGCAACUAAAGGUUCAAACAUGUUUGGGAAACAUGACUCCUCAAUUUAGUCUUACUACUAAACAACUUAUUUCAGAAUGGCCCACACUCACCUCAGGAGAUUUCCAGAAAAGAGUAAUAGAGAAAGAAGCAGCAAGUUGUUAUGAAAACCUCAUUAGAACAGAUAAGAAAGUACAAGGCACGUAUAUGGAAGUAGUUAGUCCAGAAUACAAUACCCAAAAUGGGACUCUCUCUGGUCCAAACAGUACUACAGAAAUGUAUUCUCAUAAUCCUCAGGGUUUUAAUAAUCAAUACACUGAAAGGGGUGGAUAUGGCAGAGGUCGCUGGAAUAGAGGUCGUGGUAGAGGAAGAGGUAGACGUAAUUGGGUUAAUCAGAAUAAUAGUUGGGGUUCUCCCAAUAACUCCAAUACUUCACCAAAUAAUACUCGAUGUUUUAAUUGUCAUGAAUUUGGCCACAGGCGUAAUCAAUGCCCCUGCCCGCCGUGUCCUACUUUUCAAAAUCAACGAACAGUCCCUAAUGCCCCAGCCCCAACAUUUCAAACACAAGCACCUCACACACAACCCCAGACUUCGACAAAUUCCACUCCCAGACACACCAUCAACUGGCCAGGUUCUACAUAGGG